UUAAAAAGGACGUUGGGAAAGCGACGAGUCAAAGCAGUGAUAGUUCCUUGCGAGCGCCCAGACGCAUAACAGCGAACACGUCGUAUUUGGAGCAAUUUCUUGAGAUUUAAUAAAGUUUAUAGCAUAUCCUUACAAGUCAGAAGUGGGAUUAGAACUGCGUGCUAGUGUUAAUUUGAAAGUGAUUCCGUGAUUUUUGACUGUUUAUAGCGUUACGGAAUCGAACUUUAAUAGUGAUAGUUACUGUAUAUAUAAGUUAGUUAUAUUUAGACAGUAGUUAAAUAUAAAAUGGGUCGGUCGCAAGAUAGGUCGCGUAAGCAAGUACGCGUGAACUCUCGAGAGAGAUCUCGUUCGACGGAUCGAUCGCGAAGACACUCGCGAGAUCGGCAGCGUCGACAAGAACGCGAUCGUUCGCGGAGUGUAAUUUCGGUGCGAGAUCGUAGGAGAGAUUAUUCGCGCGAACGAAGUGGUGAACGUAACAAUCGUAAAUACGGAGGACGUGAUGUGUCGGUGGACUCGGUGAGUGACGAGAGGACCCGUGAUCGUGCGCGAAGGUCACGAAGUUGCUCUUCGAAAGAGGAACUCCGUAAGAAAGUGAAGAGACUGGAAUCUGAAUUGAGGCACACGUUCACCAGGUCCGCGGUUGAUGAAUAUACUGUACCGGUGUUCGAUCCCGUGCGUGAUAGUGCGGACAUCGAAAAAUGGGUUGGCCAGGUGGACCGUCUCGCGCGGCGAUAUCAAUGGUCGGAUGAUGACAUCAUACGAAUCAUUGCGCGGAAUUUGAAAGGCCAUGCAAAACGCUUUUACGAUGAGGAACAAGAGUACGAUCAUUCGUGGAAGUCGUUGAGUCGACUUUUGAUUCGCCAGUUCCGGAAACCGAUGCCGUUCGGGAGAUUAUUGAAAGAAGCGGCUAAUUUCAGUGCUCGACCAGGCCAAAAACUGGGGGAUUACUGCUUCGAGAAGAUGUCGAAGUUGCGGGCGUUGAAGUUGGACAUCCCUGAUGAGUAUAUGGAGGAUGCGAUAAUCUCGGGAAUUGGGGAUGAAACCAUUGAACGCACGAUACGUUCUAACAAGUUCAAAGAUGUAUAUGAACUGUAUGCGUCAAUGAACGAAAUGGGACGGAUGCCGCAGAGUGCUACGAUCAAGACGUCGCAUCGAUUGAUCGAUCGUGAACGACCAGUCACACCCUCGGAGACGCGACGGCAAGAGAAACGGCAAGCUGCACCUGCGAAGGAUGAACCUCAGUCAGGUAUCGUCUGUUUCAAUUGUGGACAGUCGGGUCACAUCUCGAGACGAUGUUUGAAGGACCAUAUUACCUGCGACUCCUGUAAAAAACCGGGUCAUCUAGCUAAGUAUUGCCAACGGCUGAAGUAGUCCGUUGAUACGGUACAGGGAAAAGGGGUUUGGAGAUCGAGAUUGUCCGUUCCAAAACAAGAGGGAUGUGUAUGGAGCGUUGUCACCGUGAUGACCAGGUUCUAGGAUGCGAUCGUCAAGCGUCAAGGACGAGGAUGGAUUUGGUUGUCCGCCAGAGCAAGGAAUAGGGUUAUGCCGUCCUGCUUGGUUGUGUACCAAGGCAAGGAAUAGGGCUAUACCGUCCUGUCUGGUUGUUGAUUUGGUUGUCCGCCAGAGCAAGGAAUAGGGCUAUGCCGUCCUGUUUGGUUGUUCAUGUGAUUGUUCGCCAAAGCAAGGAAUAGGGCUAUGCCGUCCUGUCUGGUUGUUGAUUUGGUUGUCCGCCGGAGCAAGGAAUAGGGUUAUGCCGUCCUGCUUGGUUGUGUACCAAGGCAAGGAAUAGGGCUACGCCGUCCUGCUUGGUUGUUGAUUUGGUUGCUGAUAUGACUGCUCAUCGGUACAACGGAUUGGACAGCGUUGGAUACUACCUGACUUAUUGUCAUGAAUGGAUAUUGGAUGGAAAAACAACUCAUCAACUAAUGGUCUGCUGCGAGGAAAUAUAAUAAACAACAGAGAGUCGACAUGGGACGAUUGUUGAACAUAAUAUUAAUUGGAAUCUCGUCCCUUGAGUUCGGCCAUUUAUGAAAAACCCGGGGAGUAUUAUUAUAUUCACAUGUGAAAGGAUUUCUUUGAUUAUUGUGUUAUAAGCUUGUGUAUUUAAUUACAUUCUUUUAUUGACUGUUUAGAAACCAACUGUCUAAAGAUGCACGAGGACGAGCAUCAAAACAGGAAGGCCGAAUGUAAGCGAAGUCGAAAGAUUAACGGCGUAGGAAGAGGCCUCUCCGAUAGAAAACAGAUGGCUAAGUCCCGGCCACAUUGUUUGGGCCAGGCCGAUAAGGCCACAGCGUAUUUUCACCCCUUA